AUGUGUCUGAUAUUCAAGCAGCUCUCCGUGCGAUGUCGUGCAACCUUUCGGGAGGCCGAAUCACAGAAUUACCGCGAAUCUGCCAAAAGUUCGUCCUCCGUGAAGCAUCACUGGAUUGAAAGGCGACAGAAGGACCUCAAAUGCAAUGCCUGUGGAAAGGAUGCGCCUUUUCUGCAGUGCACCUGGUGUAAGAUCUCCUACCACAGUAAAUCUGAGUGCCUACAAAGAUCCCAUUACAACGCAGACUGUCACCUUGGCAUUCAUGCCAAUCUCAUCAUUCCGCCCAGCUGGAUCGUAAAGAUUGCUGAUCCGGUGAGUGUAAAGAACGGUCAAACUCGGUCCCCGACAUUUUUUUCUUAA